UGCCUGCAGUGCCUGUCACCAUGGUGGAGCUCAGUGCCAAAGUCACCAAGACGCUCAACAAGACCACGCCAGGGAUCCAGAUAUGGCGAAUCGAGAACAUGGAGAUGGUGCCAGUGCCCACCAAAAGCUAUGGCAGCUUCUACGAGGGGGAUUGCUACGUCCUGCUCUCGACACGCAAGACUGGGAAUGGCUUCAGCUACGACAUCCACUACUGGCUGGGCAAAGAGUCGAGCCAGGACGAGCAGGGGGCGGCUGCGAUCUACACCAUCCAGAUGGACGACCACCUGGGCACGGUGGCUGUGCAGCACCGCGAGGUCCAGGGCCACGAGAGCGAGACCUUCCGUGCCUACUUCAAGCAGGGACUCAUCUAUAAGAAGGGUGGAGUGGCCUCGGGCAUGAAGCAUGUGGAGACAAACACCUACAAUGUCCAGCGCCUGCUGCACGUGAAGGGCAAGAAGAACGUGGUGGCAGGAGAGGUGGAGAUGAGCUGGAAAAGCUUUAAUCGGGGUGAUGUGUUCCUGCUGGACCUGGGCCAGCUCAUCAUCCAGUGGAACGGCCCUGAGAGCAACCGGAACGAGAGGCUGAGGGCGAUGACCCUGGCCAAGGACAUCCGGGACCGGGAACGUGGGGGCCGUGCCAAGGUGGGUGUGGUGGAUGGUGAGAACGAGGGCGCCUCGCCAGGGCUCAUGCAGGUCCUCACACACGUGUUGGGUGAGAAGAGGGACAUCAAGCCGGCCAUCCCUGAUAACCAAGUGGACCAGCACCUUAAGUCUUCCCUCAAGCUCUACCAUGUCUCCAAUGCCAGCGGGAACCUGGUCAUACAGGAGGUGGCGAUUCGACCGCUGACUCAAGACAUGCUCUUGCAUGAGGACUGCUACAUCCUUGAUCAAGGAGGUCAGAAGAUCUUUGUGUGGAAGGGCAAGAACGCCAACAAGGAGGAGAAGCAGCAGGCGAUGAGCAGGGCGCUGGGCUUCAUCAAAGCCAAGAACUACCCAGCCAGCACUAGUGUGGAGACAGAGAACGAUGGGUCUGAGUCAAGCGUCUUCAGGCAGCUCUUUCAAAAAUGGACUGUCCCUAACCAGACCAGUGGAUUGGGCAAGACUCACACCGUGGGCAAAGUGGCCAAGGUGGAGCAAGUGAAGUUUGAUGCCACCACACUGUAUGCCAAGCCCCAGAUGGCUGCCCAACAGAAGAUGGUGGAUGAUGGAUCCGGGGAGGUGGAGGUCUGGCGCGUGGAGAAUAAUGAGCUGGUGCCCGUGGAGAAGAAGUGGCUGGGCCACUUCUAUGGUGGGGACUGCUACCUGGUGCUCUACACCUACACUGUGGGGUCCAAGGUGAACCGCAUCAUCUACCUCUGGCAGGGCCGCCAAGCCACCACAGAUGAGCUGGCUGCCUCUGCCUACCAAGCUGUCCACCUGGACCAGAAGUACAACAACGAGCCUGUGCAGGUCCGCGUCACCAUGGGCAAGGAGCCAGCCCACCUGAUGGCUAUCUUCAAGGGCAGGAUGGUGGUGUAUGCGGGUGGCACCUCACGGGCAGGCAACACGGAGCCCACCCCCUCCACCCGGCUCUUCCACGUGCACGGCACCAACGAGUACAACACCAAGGCCUUCGAGGUGCCCGUCCGUGCCUCCUCCCUCAACUCCAACGAUGUCUUUGUGCUGAAGACCCCCAGCUGCUGCUACCUCUGGUAUGGGAAGGGCUGCAGUGGGGACGAGCGUGAGAUGGGCAAGACGGUGGCCGACAUCAUCUCCAAGUCAGAGAAGAUAGUGAUUGCAGAGGGACAAGAGCCAUCUGAGUUCUGGGUGGCUCUGGGGGGCAAGUCCCAGUAUGCCAACAGCAAGAGGCUGCAGGAGGAGAACCCCUCUGUGACUCCCCGACUCUUUGAAUGCUCCAACAAGACAGGCACCUUCUUGGCCACAGAGAUUGUAGACUUCACCCAGGAUGACCUGGAGGAGAAUGAAGUUUACCUGCUAGACACCUGGGACCAGGUUUUCUUCUGGAUUGGGAAUGGUGCCAACGAGUCGGAGAAGGAGGCGGCAGCAGUGAUGGUGCAGGAGUACCUACGGAACCACCCCAGUGGGCGGGACCUUGACACCCCCAUCAUCGUGGUGAAGCAGGGCCACGAGCCACCCACCUUCACUGGCUGGUUCCUGGCCUGGGACCCUCUCAACUGGGCUGACAAGAAAUCCUACGAGGCACUGAGAGCUGAGCUGGGGGAUGAGAGCAGCCUUGGGCAGCUCACCUCGGCAUUCACAUCCAAGCAGGAAGUCUUCACUGCCACCACCUCCCUCGUCCCUGAAAAUCUGGAGACCUUCCCCCUGGAUGUGCUGGUGAACACUGCAGCUGACGACCUGCCACGGGGUGUGGAUCCCAGCAGGAAGGAGUACCACCUCUCCGACCAGGACUUCAAGGCUGUCUUUGGCAUGACCCGCUCCGCCUUUGGCGACCUGCCCUUGUGGAAACAACAGAACCUCAAGAAGGAAAAAGGACUCUUCUAG